CUCUAAUAGUAGGCUUUUAUUUUAGUUUUCAUUGAACUAGCGAAUAAAUUUCGUUCAGUUUUUACAAAACUGAGUGUAGCUUGUAGGAUUUUACCAUGUCUAAGAUAUCUGAUAUUAUUUUCAAUGAUCAUCGAGAAUUAGAGAAACAAUACAAUAAUAUCAAGGCUUCCAAAGAUGCUGACACUGCAAUUCGUUGGAGAAAUAAAUUUGUCUGGGAGUUAGCCCGUCAUUCGAUAGGAGAGGAGAUAGUCGUUUAUCCAAAAUUCGCUAAAUACCUUGGCCAACCUGGAGAAGAAAUGGCUAAUAAAGAUAGAAAUGAACAUCAAGUAAUAAAGGAAUACCUGUACAAGUUUCAGUCAAUGAAACCGAAUAAGGAAGAAUUUAUCCCGACAAUUGAUGCUCUUAUGGCUAAUCUUCGGAAACAUAUUCAAGAAGAAGAAUCACACGACUAUCCACUAUUAGAAAGUAAACUGAACGCUGAGGAAUCGAAUCAUUUAGCAAAAGUUUUUGAGAGAACGAAGAAGUUUAUUCCAACUCAUAGUCAUCCAUCAGCUCCAAGCAAGCCUCCCUUUGAGACAAUUGCUGGACUCUUUGCAACUCCGGUUGAUAAGUUGAGAGAUAUGGUGAGUAGAUGGCCUUGAUGCGAUCUUGUGUAUAAUUUUAUGAUGACC